UCCUCCUCUCAUCCCCCAACCACAAACAAAGGUCGCUCCUUUUUUAAUUCCGGCGAUCCGCGGCGGCGAUCUUCCACUUCCACUGCCCCCGAUUCCUCGAUUUCUGACCGCUCUCUUCGUGCGGGGUUCUUCCUCCUUCUCGUCUCGUCGAUCGGCCGUUGCAGGUCGCGAUCGAUCCUCGGCGAUGGGGAAGAAGCCUCCGUCUUCCUCCGCUUCGCUGAAGAAGAAGCGGUCCAAGGCUUCGUCCAAGGUUCGAGUCAAGAAGACGAGCAAGACUAAAAGGAGAAGCAAGUCGAAGAAGAGUUCUCGCCGCCGUUAUGAUUCGGAUUCUUAUUCCAGCGAUUAUGCUUCUCUGACUUCAUCGACCAUGAGUUCUGAGGAGGAUUACAGGAGACGAAGUAAAAGACGGGCAAGAUCCCCUUCUAAGAAGACCAUUCGACGAAGCAAGAAGAGGUCUCGAGGACAGUCGUAUAGUGCUGAAAGCAGCGAGGACCUGCCUUCUCGUAAGAAGAGAAAAGGGUCCAAGAGAGAUGGUAAGCUCAGUCUGAGGAUGAAGAGAAGUAGAAAGAAAUCUAAGAGACCUGUGAGUGUGAGUUCAGCAAGCAGUGGUUCGUACUGCUCAACCUGUGCGGAAUCGAGUAGUGACAGUGGACAGAGUGAAUCUCAAAGUUAUAGGGCCAGUUCUGAGAGAAAAGAUAAGGAUAGAUGGACUGUAGAGAAGGGUAAAACUGAAUCGAAAGGGCGUGGAUAUAGUCCGAGGAGUUAUUCUCCCAUUAGUCAUCACAGCAUAAGCAGCGGUGAUGAGAGUGCUGAGGUAAUGAGGGGCGGGAACAAUUCGAUGCGAUUAAGGUCUGUUAUAAUGGUUAACAAUGAGGACGGAGAAUUGCAUGCUUAUGGACAUAAGGAAGAAAUUACUUAUGAAAACGAUGAUUAUCCUUCUUGCAAAAGUAACGAUAGUAAUGAUUCUGGGGGCAAGCGGGAAUUGAACCAUCAUCUGCUUGUUGAAUCUGAGUUGAAGAGGCAGGUAGAUAACGAAAUAGAUGAAGAGGCUGUUGUUUCAGAUAUGAAUCCUACUGCAAUAACUGAAGAUGGUCAGAAGAGUAGAAACAAUAUAAGCUCUGUUAUAGUUGGAACCAUCCAUGCUGUAAGGGACGAUGAAAGUAAUGUUUCUGAUGGGCCAGAUGGUAAUGAUUUGGAGUCAAUGUUGAGACAGAGGGCACUGGAAAAUCUCAAAAAGUUCAGAGGUGUUAAUAAAAAUACAGUAGCUUUGUCUGCUCAGAAAGAAAAUGUUGAUGAUGAUAAGAAGCAAUCUUUAGUUGCUACUUCAGAAUCGUCUCACCAUAAGUUUCCUGAUGACAAUGUAGCCAAUGCACCUCCUGUUGAAGGCAAUGGUGCUAAUUCUGAUUCUUCUGUGAAGAGAGAUUUUAUUAGUAUAAAGUCGAAUGAUGCAAGCCUAGGUGAUAAAGGCAGUAAAAUUGCGCCUGCCAUAACGAGUCAGUCCUCUGAGGUUGGGCCAGAUCGUGGGCGGAGUGGUUUCAAAGAAAGUGGUUUUACUAGGCAAUCUGUGGUGAAACGAUUGCAUGAGGGGACUACCGCUGCUAAUGUCAAACAAGAGGUCAUACCAACCUUUGCUUCCAAUACUAGUAAUCCGAGGGUGACUUCAUAUACAUGGAGGCGAGAGUCGGCCAAGGGUCAAGCAUCGUCCAAGGAAUUGCAUCCUUCCUCAGGACCUCCUCAGACAAAGCUGAUGGUGAGAAAGGGUAUUGGUGGCGAAACUGCUAUCGAAAAUGUUGGAACUGAGAACAAAGUCGAGGAUAAUGAAGUCCAUGAGAAGCAUGCAUCUCCUGCUCUAGAGCUGCCUUCUCAUACUGAACCUGUGGCAGGAGCUGCGAGCUCAGACAAAGAUGGCAAUGAUGCUAAGGAUGGUCCCCAAUAUGAACAAAAGACAAUGUCUGUUACCCGGGGUGGUGAAACAAUACGGGUAAACUACCAGGUUUACAUCCCCAAGAGAGCCCCUGCUCUGGCGAGGAGGCAACUUAAGCGAUGAUACAGGAUCUUUGCUUUCGCUCUGUAAGGAUCCUGCUUUUGGUUUUUUCCUUUUCAGUUAACCAACAUCGAAGGUGAAAAAGGCUGGUGGACGUACCGUACCAGUUGACUGGAGUAUAUCACUUGAUUUCUGCGGCAAGUUUAGAGUAUUGUCGCAAUGUACAAGGACUAAACCUUUUCUUGAUAAUUUUGUUAUAUGUUAUCUGAUAGAGCCGCUCCAGUGGAAAAGGUUUGUCCUGAUCUCAUUUUAUGGGAAACCUAGGGGCAAGUUGCUCGAGCCACGCCCAUAAGUGACUGUGAUCCAUGUACAAUGUGGGGCAUUACAAUGGAAUAAAAAGAAAACGUGACAUUG